AUGGCGAUGGGAGCUCGAUUCCGGUGUGAAGAACCUCGAUUGAGGGUAUAUCAAAACUUCAAGGCCAUAGAGCUGGAAAGAUUUGUAUGCAGUGAGGUACUGGAGAUGCCACAUCAGGUGGAGCUAGAAAGAACUUUUAGGGCAAUCGAUGUGGGUCUAAGCGCCCUAAAACAAUAUCUGGUCGUAGCUUGUUCUCGAGCAUCCUCUGCUGGGUUCAAUACUAACAGUUUACCUGAGCUUCUUUUUGCUAACCGGUUUGGUGCCCAAUCGGCUGAGCGGCGUCCAGACAUCAGUCCUCAAACUGCACAGGUUUAG